UUAUCCUAUAUCCAUACAGCAAAGGGAGGGGGGGUGCUGAGUCUGACAACAGGAUGGUUUGACACAGAGACCUGUAUGGACCAUGAACGAAUAGCUGCCUCCUAAUUAACGGGCAGAAUAAAGAAACAUUUUUCCAGAGACGGUCUCUGAGGAAAGGACGGAGGAAUUGCAGGGUGACAGAGGAUGGGGUUCCAACUGAUUAAUCAGCUGAAAGGCAUGAGUUUAAAGCUGCUUCUGUUACCCGUGCUCACCGUGGUGAUUGUUGUGGGGGCACAGAAAACUUGUCCAAAGAACUGCCGGUGUGAUGGGAAAAUUGUGUACUGCGAGUCCCAUGCCUUUAAAGACAUUCCUCAGAAUAUUUCAGGUGGCUCCCAGGGACUGUCUCUGCGUUACAACAGCAUCCAAAAGUUGAAGUCUAACCAGUUCUCAGGCCUUAACCAGCUGGUCUGGCUUUACCUUGACCACAAUUACAUUAACUCGGUGGAUGAGGAUGCUUUCCAGGGUAUCAGACGGCUGAAGGAGCUCAUUCUAAGCUCUAACAAAAUCACCCUCCUAGCCAAUACAACCUUUCACCCCAUCCCCAACCUGAGAAAUUUGGAUCUAUCCUACAACAAACUGCAGAUGCUUCAAUCUGAGCAGUUCAAAGGUCUUCGGAAGCUUUUAAGUCUGCACCUACGGUCCAACUCAUUAAAAACAGUGCCAGUUCGGGUUUUUCAGGACUGUCGAAAUAUGGAAUUUUUGGAUGUUGGAUAUAACCGGCUCAGAAGCUUGUCUCGUAAUGCCUUUGCUGGCCUCCUGAAGCUAAAGGAGCUCCACUUGGAACACAACCAAUUUUCAAAGGUGAACUUUGCUCACUUUCCUCGCCUCUUUAACUUACAUUCCCUUUACUUGCAGUGGAAUAGGAUUAGAUCCAUCAGUCAAGGAUUAAGUUGGACUUGGAGUGCACUGCACAAUCUUGACCUGUCAGGAAAUGACAUACAGAGCAUAGAACCUGGAACCUUCCAAUGUCUCCCCAAUUUACAGAAGCUCAACCUGGAUUCAAACAAGCUCACCAAUGUCACCCAGGAAACCAUAAAUGCUUGGAUAUCUCUGACCUCUAUAACUCUUUCUGGAAACAUGUGGGAAUGCAGCAAAACCAUUUGUCCUCUGGUGUUCUGGCUCAAGAACUUUAAGGGAAACAAAGAGACCACUAUGAUAUGUGCUGGACCUAAACACAUCCAAGGAGAGAAAGUUAUUGAUGCUGUGGAAACCUACAAUAUCUGCAAUGAAACCCCUGUACUGGUGACUGAAAGAGCUUAUCAGACAACCAAAGCACCCCCAAAGUCCCAGUUUGCUCCCAAGCCUACUGUGUACAAGUUGGAGAGUGCCCCACCAACUUUGUACACUCCUAGCCCUUCCUCAGGUCUGCAGACACCCAUUGCUGAGCAAGAAUACGAGCAUGUUUCUUUCCAUAAAAUCAUAGCUGGAAGCGUGGCCCUUUUCCUAUCUGUGGCCAUGAUUUUACUCGUCAUUUAUGUAUCGUGGAAACGAUAUCCGGCCAGCAUGAAGCAACUGCAACAAAGCUCAAUGAUGAAGAGGAGAAGGAAAAAGGCCAGAGAGUCAGAAAGACAAAUAAGCUCCCCAUUACAGGAGUAUUAUGUGGACUACAAACCUUCCAACACAGAACCCAUGGAUGUAUUGGUAAAUGGAUCAGGACCCUGUACAUAUACAAUCUCUGGCUCCCGGGAAUGUGAGGUAUGAAAGCUCGAAAAAAAAAAAAAAAACUUGAAAUUCUAAACAUUUUGCUGCUGUUAAGAGUCGAGGUAGGAGUCUGUGACUUGAGUCUUUCUCAAUCUCUAAGAUGAAUUAUCAGGCUAGAUACAAAACUUUUGAGUAUUUUUUUAAUACAUUUCAUUGUUAUCAUUGUUGUUUUUUUUUAAAGUCCACAUUGGUGUAAGGUUGGUUUAAUUGAAUACAGCAGGAAAAAAAAGGGGUUGUUUUUUUUUUUAUUUAAUUUUUUUUUCUCCCUGGGAGCUGGGACGUGAAGGAAGUUCGUUCAAGAAUGAAAUUUGAAUAAGCCUAUUUUUCAAUGGCAGGAGAGAGUGUUUGCCAAGUGGGGCAGUUAGGGACAAAACCCUAGAGAUCAUUUGAUGAAAAGGGCAUUCUGUGGCUGUUGUGUGAUUUGUUUGCCAUUAUCUCUAAGUCUUUUUAUGGACUAAUGAAAGGAUUUGUCAUAUAAUAAAAACAGGAUAAAUCAAACAAACAACAGUACAAAAACAUACAAUUUUGUGUCUGGAAAUCAAGAGGAGCUAAGCCAAAGAUAACCACUCAGUAUUUGUGUUUCCUUGUUUCACGGAGAACAGACAAAUGAUAAGGACCAUGUUUCCUUUUACUAACAUUUUGAUACAUUAUAUAUGAUUUGCCUUAUGGAAAGAUAAGACUGCCUUACUUCCGAACGAUUGACAGCUGACCAGUCCAUUUUGUAACACAUUCCUAUGCGGACCAAUAAAACCAAAACUAUAUUGAACUCAAACAAAUGAAAAUGCAUUUGCAGCUUCUUAGCAAAAAUUAAGAAAAAUUUUUUUUUUCUUCCCCUGUCGGUGCAGAGACAAGCAAAAUCCACGGACACUGGACUGGCCGCUGAGGGUACACAAAAUCCUUUCAGUAUUCCACGCCUGAUUGCUCAGGGACGCUGAGCUGUUUUAACCCAUUCUUUACUGAAUGGGUUAAAGGCAGCUAAGCACAUGUCGUGUCUUUUUUUUUCUUUUUGUUAAUUUCAUGCUGGUAAUUUUGGGGUUACUUGGUUAUAUAAACGAAUGGUUCAUUUUUUAAAAAUAUGUAUUUUAAUAAUGAUGAUAAUUAUAAAGCAAAAGAUGGUAUUUCUUGUACAUUCAUACUGGACACCUAGAAUGAGCAGCUGGCACUGUUGAAUGUCUACAGAAUGGGCAAGGGAUGGCAGGGCACAUCUGUACAGCGUGAGGCUGGGCAGUAAGCUGGCACACUGUAGGGAUUCUAAGCUCCUUCUGUAAAAGAGUUUGCUGAACGCCCCCUGUUGGUUGCAUGACCGCUGGGUGGAUGAAAUCCCACACCUUGCCAGCUGAUCAGCCCUGAAAACGUUGCCCUUCUCUUGUGUUAUCUGCUUGGCUGCUGUUUCCGAAAUUGGAAAACGUUGAAUAAACCCGUCUGAUGUACAAUAUGUCAAAUUACACACGCUGAACUUAACUUGUGUAAUAGAAGUCAUCUCUUUUCUGUUUACAGAAAAAAAAAAAAAA